AUGGUAGCAAAUCAAAAAACGUGGAACCCUGACCUUAUCUGGAAAAUGUUCAUGCCAGAAUCGUCUAUUAGGAUCCAUACAACCUAUAUUCCCCAGGAAAAUCUUCAGGAUUACUUUGCAUGGAGUGAGUCUAAACAUGGAGCUUUUCGAGUAAAGGAUGCUUAUGCCUUUCUUCUUGGUCAAAGAGGAAAUCUUGAAACCUCUCAUACAAAAAGGAAGUUUUGGAGCAAACUCUGGGCCUCUGAUCUUAGACCCAAAUGGAAGAUUUUUAUAUGGAGACUCCUACAAAAAGCCCUAGCCACUAACUGCAACUUAGCAAAGCGCAACAUACCCGUAAGCGUUAACUGCAAUAUCUGUCAUCAAUUUCCUGAGGACGAAAGGCACCUGUUCAGAGAUUGUGAGAUUUCUUCGCGAAUAUGGUCUUCCUCUGCACUUGGAAUCAAGACUCAAUCAAGUGAAUACAUUCCGAUAGAUGAAUGGAUCAGGAACUUUUUCCAACUUUUCUGGAGAGAAGACGGGAUAAAGUCUGAGAGGGUUAGAGAGUUUGUAGUUACUCUCUGGUCAAUCUGGCUUCACAGAAAUAACGUGGUGUUUAGGAAUUUAUUCGAAAACCCGUCCGUUAUCUUACAAAGGAAAAACACCCUUCUUGAAGAAUUUGAUGAAAGUAAUAGAAUAAAAGGGAUUCAACUCAAGCGAGUUUUAUCAGAGUCUGAUUCCCACCAGAGGACCUCGCCCCCCUAG